CGAUCAUAUAAAUCGUGCAUUCAAAAGCAUUUCUUGGAGCUUUGUUUGGGUGAUUGCUGGUGACGUGAAGCAGACGGUACAAUGACUGUUGCGCCUCUCUUUCCAAGCAAUGACGCAUCGAUGCAGAUCGCAGAAAUGAACUUUGGCCUAAAUAUGCUUCGGCAAUCUCCUGCGUCUCAGCAAAUGGUAGUGUCUCCACUUUCGGUGAUUUUCGCUCUUGCCAUGGUCCAGCUAGGAGCAAAAGGACGAACAAAGGCGCAGAUCAAUCAGCUAAUUUCGAAUGGAGCCGACGAUAGUGCUAUCGUAAACUUCUACUCGGAUCUUUCAAAAAAUAUUACCAAGUAUUCGAAUGGGGCGCAAGCCGAAAUAGCAAAUGGAUUCUUUUUGGACAAGAAGUUUUCGAUCAAAGAUGAUUAUGCAAGCACAAUAACUAAAAGAUAUGCGGCAAAAAUAGAGGCUCUCACUUUUGGACAGCCCGAAAAAGCAGCUAAGGUUAUUGAUGACUUUGUCAGUACAACAACAGAAGGAAAGAUCAAAAAUAUCAUAAAUGAGGAUGCACUGAAUGGUGCAUGCUCGCUUAUUGUAAAUGCUGUUUACUUCAAAGCCGAUUGGCAGAACAAGUUUGAUAUCUACGAUACAAGAAGAGAGAUCUUUUAUCAUUCUGAGAAAAAGCAAGAAAUGAUAAAGUUCAUGACGCAAGACGAUGAAUAUCGUUUAUAUGCCGAAAACAACGAUGUUCAGCUGCUGUCGUUACCUUACAAGGACAAAUCUUAUGCCUUCAAUAUACUUCUGCCCAAGAAAAGAUUUGGUCUGGAGGAUCUCAGAACACAGUUGAAUGGGCUCAUGAUUCGAAAUCUGCUCUUACAACUUAAACCUGAGCUUUUAAUGAUACGCAUUCCAAAAAUGAAAAUAGAGACCAACUACAAGUUAAAAGAAGCGCUUGAGCAAAUGGGAAUCACUGAUCUUUUCACAAGCCAGGCCAAUCUAACAGGGAUUUCAGACCUACCUCUGUAUCCUCUGUAUGUAUCCAAAGCAGCUCAUAGAGCUCUAAUUGAGGUUGAUGAAGAGGGAACGACUGCAGCUGCUGUUACUUAUUUCGGAGCGAGAUUGCUAAUGGGACGACUGGUUAGGGAACAAGCCAAAAUGUUCAAAGCAGAUCAUCCUUUCUUAUUCAUCCUCACCAAGGACAACAAUCCCUUCUUUAUUGGACAAUACGCAUAAAAACGCUACAUGUAUCUAAUGGAUGAAUAAAAUAAAAAUCGAGCAAAAAUUCUUGAUU